AACCUUCACCGGUUGGUAGUCCUUAGCAUUACUAAUGUUGGAUAGAGUGUAGCAUCGUAGCAUAGUGCGUACAAUGAAAUAUAGAUCUUGUGGAAGUAUUAUGUUGAUAUGUAACACAGAUUGUUAAAAGCAAAAUUUAAAAGAGUAUAACAUGACCGAUAGCGCCGUUACGUCGCUUACUGAAGAGAACCAUGAAAACAAACCUGAAAAUGCAACCAAAAGGAAAGAUGAUACUAGUGAGAACAUGGAAAGUGAAAACGAAACGGAAACUAGCCCACCAUCCCGGGAGCUAAAGCUGUUAUUAGCCCUGUCAAAAGAGGCAAAACUAGAGACAAAUUUAUCCCGAAAACGAAAGUCACUUGAACACCGUAAAGAAUUAUCUACAGAUCUUGCUAAAUCGAAAAAUUUAACUGAAUUGAAAUAUACCAAAUUUCCUGUUACUGCUGAGAGUGAACUUGAAGUUGAAUAUCAUAGUGGUCAGGAAGGAAAAUCAGAAGACAAAGUUGUUAAGAAGAAAAAGUUAUCUUUAGCAUACACUUACAUUGGUGGGGAAAUAGACGAUCCUAAAAAGAAAAAGUUAUCUCCCUCACAUGCCCACUUAGGUGUUGAUAGUGAUGAUUCUAAAAAGGCAAGAAAGUUGAUUAAAUUUAAGGCAAACAAAGAUAUGUUUUGCUGGAGAUGUCAUAAAGAUGGAGUUAAUAUAUCAUGUGAGACUUGUGUACGAAGUUAUCAUCAAAAAUGUUUAAAACAAACUGUAGAUGAUGCUGACCAUUGGCCAUGCCCUGAGUGUGUCUCAAUACUCAAAGCAGAAAGCACUUCUUCACGAUCAGCUGCUUUAAAAGGAAUGACUUUGGAACAUUUAUGUAGUUUAUUGAAGUUUGCUGUUACUAGGAUGAUGCAAUGUCAGGGAUCCCGACCAUUUAUCCACCCAGUAAAUCCCUCAGAAUUUCCAGAUUAUAAAAGUUAUAUUAUCCAACCUAUGGAUUUGACUUUAUUAGAGAAAAAUAUUAAAGAAAAUUUGUAUGGAAGUACUCAAGCAUUCGAAGCAGAUGCAAAGUGGAUUUUGCAUAAUAGCAUUAUUUUCAAUUCAUAUCAGUCAAAAUUGACAACAGUCGCAAAAUUCAUAAUAAAAAUUUGCAAACAGGAGAUGGCGGAAAUUGAAAACUGCCCCACUUGUUAUUUGAAUGCAAAUACUAAGAAAAAUACUUGGUUUGUUGAAGUUUGUCCUAAACCACACCUGCUAGUCUGGGCAAAAUUAAGAGGGUUCCCAUACUGGCCCGGGAAAGUUAUGGUUUGUAAAGAUGGGAUGGUUGAUGUUAGAUUUUUUGGAGCUCAUGAUAGGGCCUGGGUACCUGAAAGAGAAUGUUUCUUGUAUUCUCAAAAAGAUCCAAAUGGUUUCAGGCAAAGAAGAACUGAUAUUGAACAAUGCAUCGAGGAACUUAAUAUCCAUAUCGAAAACUUAAAAAAAGUUUAUGGAGAGUUCUGCUUUCCCCCGUUUAAAACUCCUCUUUCUCCCGAUAACGAAUUUCAACAGUUGCGAAUUUUUUUACCGCAAUAUCGGGUAAAAACAUAUAAAAACAAAAACAAGAUUCGUAAGUCUGCAACAAGUGUUGUGGAGAGCGAUGAAAAAUCUAAUAAUAGUGAUCAUGAAAUGAAGGACGAGGAAGCAGAAAGUGAAGAAAAUCCUAAAAGCAAAGAUAUUAAAAAUGAUGAAGACGUCAUGGAAGGAUAUGGUACUGAUGAUGAAACACCUCCGGAAAUUAAUACUGAAAUUAGGAAAGAGUUAUUGACGAAUUCUAAAAACAGUGACCGCAUUGAAGUUGAGACUGAAGAUACCAUCAUUGCUUCAAAAAGUGAAUUGCAUGAAAGUUUACCAACAAAGGCGGCUCUUAAAAGUUUUCCAAGUGAUAUUAAGGUAGGCUCGCGUUCGUCUGAACUGAAUACUGAAGUGGAUGAAAAAUUGGAUAACUCAUCGAGAUUAUCCCGCAGGAACAGCGAAGCAAAAAGUGAUUCCAGUCGAUAUUCAAAUAUUUCAGAUAAAAUUAAUACGGUUGAUGUAUUAGAACAAAUUGAGAUAAGUUUGCCUUGCAUCAGUGGCGCAAUAAAUCGUUCACCACAAAAUUCUGAAAAUUCAAGGAUAGAAAAUAAUUUUACUGAAAAUAAGAAAAAACCCGUUCAAAUUGAUAUAAUAAAUGCUGAGCUUUCAUUGUCUCCUCCAAAAGGGCUCAAAAUUGUUGAAAAACUGAUCAAACGACUUUCAAAUGAAGAGGAUAAGAUAAAAAGACACUUAGAUGCUGAAAACGCCAAUUUAACAGAAAAUCAAGAAUUAGUGUCAUCUUCGCGUGAGGAAGUACCUACUUCUUCCUUCAAGGGUAACCAAGUAGUUGAUGACAAUAUUGAUGAGACAGUAAAAGCAAUUAAAUCCGAUCAGACGAAUUCAAAUGAAAAAAAUGAAGGUAUUCAUAAGGAAACUGAUAUAGAGGAACCUGUCAAUGGACAAAAUGUUAAGGAGAAAAUCGUAAAUCAAGGCGAACAAACUUUACCGCAAGAAACGGGUAAUAAAAAUAUUGUCGAUCUUUUACAACAAGCGCACUCCAGUAAAAAUAUCCUAUUAAACGAUCAAUCAUUCAAAAGUGAACAAUUUAAAAAUGUGAGUGAAUCUUUGAUGACAAAUGAUAAAAACGCGGGCUCCUCGCAAAAAACAGAUGAAGUUCAGUUAGAGCAUAAAUCUGGGGAAAAGUUAUCAGAGAAUGCGCUAAAUGAAACCCAAUCUGACAUUUGUGUUGGUUCCACUACAAAUGAUGGAGAAAAUAUCACCAACAAAACAGAGAGUGUUAGAGGUCUGACUUCACAUCUUGAUGAAAGCGACGAUUCUGAAGAGGAAGAUAAUCGAAAAUUAAGUGAGCUCCAGCUUGAUAAGGAAAACAUUAUGAGUGUUAUACAUUCAUCACUUAGCGGAAGCCAUUCAUUGGUAAAAAUAACACCUAGUAUAAAAGAAACGAUAAAUAGCCCAACAGACAGACAGGCAGAUCCGGAAAGCAGAAAACGCAAGACAAACAACCAAGCUGAUGAACCAAACAAAAAGUUAAGAAUUAUAUCAAAUCAAAAAGUUAGUAUGAAUAUUAACAUUGCUAGUAACAAUGAGGAUUCGGCCCAUCAAUCUUGCCAACCAAACAAGGAGUGUUCAGUUUUACUGCACGCUCUGCAAUCUAAGGAUAUAAUACGUAAAUGUCCCUCCACAAAUGAUUCGUCUGGCGCUGUAGCUGGCAAUCAAUUAACAUCUGAAGCGCAUUUUGAAGAAAUAAAAAGUGAGCCAGAUACCGACGUGGAAUAUGUCGGUGCUGAAAAUUUUGAGGAAAAGAAAAAGUACUUGUCUGCAUUGAAUAUUCUGGAACGAAAAACUGAGAUAGAAGAAAAAAGUGUCCGUAAUGAGAUAAGAACCCGUUCCAAAGUUGAAGAGAAGAGAGCAAGAAACAGAAUGGCUGAUAAUUUGUCGAGAAUCAUAGAUAGUGUGGCUACUAAUGAACGAAACGGCAAAUGUGAAAAUGAAUCAACACUGCCACCACAAAAGUCGGUUCCUCUCGUAAAUAAAGAUAAGCCUGGCAAGGGAGAAAAUGGCGAAAUAUUUGUUAAAUCGUUUGCGCGAAUGGGAACCAAAGCAAGAGCCCGUAAAUCUUUUCCUGGGAGUUACGCCGUCAAUGUUUCGAAAAAAAUACCCAUUACUGCGGCAUCUACCAGUGAUAAUAAUCCUGAAGUAACUAGUAGUCUGAAGGAAAAGAACCCAAAAAUUGCAACAUCGCCAACGGUUAAUUCACACGUAGACUUUAUACAACCCAACAAAAGUUAUUUAAUUGUAAAACAACCGGCGACUCAAGACCUAAUACUAUUUCCGUCAAAUCAAACAAUUAAUAAUAAUAGCACUCCCAAAUCUAUGGAAAAUACGUUGGUGAGUUCUGUGUCCAGCAUACAACCACAAAUUGCGCCAAACAGUAUCACAGGAGAAAACUCGGUAAAUGUUCAAAAAUGUACUCCAAGCUAUAUUUCUUUACAUACGUUGUCGACACUGUCAACCAUGCCAUUUCGCACUGAUGUGGUGCAGUGUACUUCCAAUGCGAGUCAGCUUCAAAAUACUUUAAUCACUAGCGGUACCGCCCUUAGUACGAUGGCGUUAACAGGAGGCACUACAACAGGUCCCACGGUCACCGCUCAAACAUGUACAACGACCACCACGACCACACUGCGGAACACACAUGUUACCGCUUUUGAAACUCAAGAAAGCACAGUUGAGAGCUUUGAAGACGACGAAUUUCGUAUACUAAAUAAUCUUAUUCCAGAAGGUGUCAAUAAGGUGGUUAGUGAGCUCAUACAAAGACCACCUCCUAAAUUGAAGCCUCGGCCGCCUGGAAUGUUAAGCACCAUAUUCAGUGAAGGCACUCCGAGUUCUGCUGGCGACACGACAGCCAAAAUUAAUUCGGUUGCCCAUAGGCUUAGCGAUUACUUCCGAGGUAUGCUUAUUGAAACAUUGAAUGACUUGGGCAAAUCAAAUAAUCCGGACGCAACAAUCACUGGUUUGAAACUGGAAAUCGAGUCUCUUAAACAUAAACACAGCAUUGAGUUAUCUGAAAUCGAGAAGAAUAUGUGUACCAUUCUUAAAGAUAUUCAGAAAAGUAUCGUCGACGAUAGAGAGAGGAUAAUUCAAGAAACGCGGGAGGCUUGCGAGGCUGAAACUGUAAAAAGGAUUGAAGACGCCAAAUCCAAACAAUGGUGUGCCAGUUGUUCAAAAGAAGCCCAGUUUUAUUGCUGUUGGAAUACGAGUUAUUGUGAUUAUCCAUGCCAGCAAAAACAUUGGCCAACUCAUAUGAGUAAAUGCACCCAAAAUAUGAACAGUAAUUCCGCACAAGUUGCCCAAGGAGGUAUUCGAUCGAUAGGGCAACAGUUAAUCCUAAGGCCUACAACAGCUCCUUCAAAAGUGGCAAUUUCGAGAACAUUUUCGAAACCCAUACAGAAGGUGUACUUGAAUCGGAACAUUUCACCUUCAAAAACGCUAAGAGUGCAAACCCCGAAUGGAAAUUUUCUCACCGUGGUCGAAAGUUCUCCAGGAAACUACCAACUAAUGGGAAAUUCGGUCGUUAGGUCACCUCAGGGCAUUGCAAAUUUAAAAUGCUCAAAUACGUCAUCAUUGUCGUCGAGUUCGAUAACUUUCACUCAGCCAAAACAUAACACUGCAAAAAUGUCGAAGGCAGUUUCUCACUCUGUUCCAGUUUCGACGGUAGUGGAGGACGAUUCUGAUUGAGGGAAGUUUGUUAUUAGUUUUUAAGUUGUUGUGGUUUAUUAAAGAUUGUGCUUAGAUUUAUUACUUACACUGUGAAUAAGUAGAGCCGAUAAGAUAUGAAUAUAUAUGUUUUUCAGCUAAUUUUUUAGUUUCUGUAAACUAUCAUAACUAGAUAUGGAAGACUUUUUAUGUAAAUUUGGACUCUGUGAAUCUUUAUACUUAUAUAUAGGUCAAUAAGUUUUCUGUAAUAAACUUGAUUCGAAAUCG